AUAAGCGGUUUCUCUCGUCAGAUUCUCUUUGUCUUGACUGUGGAGUGGUUGCUAAUUAAUUUGCUUUCCGAAACGUUCUUGGAGAUUUUUUAGACAAUUUUGCAAUUUUCUUACAAUUGCCAGCCAGCUUACCCCGACAAUUGAAGUUUCAUCCAAAAUGCCCAGCCUAAAAGUGCUAGAAGGUAGCAAAAACAGUGAAUCUGAAUUGCUGCACAAUUCCGUCGAAACUGCAGCAGGAAACGACGGAUGUAGCAGCACUGCAAAGGACCCUCAGCAACCCCAAACAGCGGCCAGUGCACUGGCCAGCAGCACCAAUGGAAGCGUUAAGGAACAACCGGCGAGUCCCUUACAACAGAUUGUCCUCAUAAUCGAGCACAAAAUCCGCAACCUAGAAAAGCGGAAGAAUAAACUGGAAUCCUACAAGGCUAUAGAAAAGUCGGGCAAAAAGUUGACCACGGACCAGAAGAAUGCCGUUUCCAAGUACGACGAGUGUCUAACGUCACUGGAACUCGCACGGGAACUUUGCAAGCAGUUCCAAUCUAUUGCAACUGUGGCCAACAAGGAAGCGAAGAAGGAGGCCAAACGGACCGCAUUUGUUAAGGCACAGCAGGAAAGCGCAAAGGUUCGCGAAGUGCUGGUAAUCCAGGAUGUUCUAAGACGGCUGACGGAGGACGACGGCGUUCGGUCGGAUUUUUGCAACGGUGAAAACGGUGCAUGCAAGAUCUCAGCGGAGGAUUUGAGCUUACUAGAAAAGCUGCAUGAGGAGACGCGACCGCAGCGUCCCAAAACGUCAUUGCAGCCAGCGUUUGUGGUUUCGGUGAAGACCGCUGCCGAUCACCUGUCUGCCGUUGUCGACGGGAGGAACAAAGCGUAUGGCGAUAGCACUUACGUGCACCUUAAGAACGUUAUUUCCGAAGUUCAAGAUUGUGGAUACUUCGAGCAGGAUAUUGUGGUAGUUGACGAAGAAAGCGAGGACCAUGUUGUAGAAGAGACAAAUUCGACCGAGAACGAAAUUAUUGGCGCAGCGGAAGAGGCUACCAUGGAGGAAGUUCGUACUAAUGCUGACGUUGCAGUUGAUCCUGCUGCGCCGGAUUUGGAGAAACAAGAAAAAGACAAUCCUGUGACCCAUUUGGCUCAACCCAUUGAACCGAAAAGUUUCGGAGAAGCACCAGCAGCUGCUGCCGUGCCCACACCAUCGUUCCCAAUGCACACCCAUGUGAUCCGCCAGAACCCAGUUCCUUCACCUGCAAUUCCUGUUAUCGUGGAUAACCAGAAUGGUCCGCUUAUUGCUCCCCCAAUUCAAGUUCCUUCUCCCGUCAUUGCUCCGAAUACUGGAAUCAUUCCACGGAAUACAGCACAUGUUCAAUCCACUGCCACUGUUGUCCCAACGGUACCGGUGACAGUUCCAGUGAUACAACCAGCAGCUGUCCCGCUCCAACCCAUCUCUGGUCAGCAGCUCGCCGCUACUACGGUUCAAGCGGUCGAACAUGCUUAUUUCAAACAGCAUUAUAUCCAGCAGCAGAUGCGUCCGAUACAUGAAGUUAUUGGAACGGGAAAUUUCUUCUUCUUACAAGAGUCUGAGCUGGACAAGCCCGAUGUUGUAUCACCGCCUGUUCCAUUCGCUGGAAAUGUUCACCAUUUAGCAACAAAUGCUGCCCCUACGAGCCCUGCAAAUCCGCAACAAUCGAUUCAGCAAAUAGCACCCGCGCCUCAACCAUCUCCGGCUCCUGUUUCCGUACAGCCACAACCUCCAAUGAUCUCGGCACAGACAACAACGUUUAGUAAUCAACCUUUCCAGAACAUGGCUGCUCCGACAAAAGUUUAUAAUAAUCCAUUACAACCAGUUGAACAGUCACAUCCUCCUGGUGUUGUAAAUAUGACGCAGGGAUCGCCGUUGGUUCCGAAAGCAAGUGACAUUUCCGGUAAACCGGUGCAUAUUCCAGCAGACAUUAAUAUGCAGAAUGUCUUGCCCAAGCCGCAACCUCAAGAGCACGUUCAAAUUGAGCACCAGUCUAAUCAAAAGAAUCAACUGCCUCAACAGAAACCAUCUCCUUUCAGCGCGGCUGCCGGACAGCAGCCGGCCGUCAUCAAUCCGAUACACGAACCCAACACCCAGCAAUUCCCGACAUUGAUGCAAAGCUUGCACGAUUCACAGCAUCAAAUUACGAGUAACCAUAUCUCUCAGAAACUCUCGAAUCUGAUGGUUGAUCCUGCGACGGAAAAGCUCAAAUCUAUAAAUAUGACUGAUAAACUGGCGAUAAACGCGAACCACACUUCGCAACAGCCCAAGCCUAGACACGAUGAAUGGAGUAGCAGGGGUCAAAGUUUCGUAUCUCUUGCGAAAAAUGAAGACCAAUGGGUCACCAAUACGGCUCAAAUGAGUAAGCCAAUCGAGGAUGGCUCCCAGGAUAAGGCGUCGUACAAUAUGCCUAGACAGUCGCAACAUCAGCUAUUACAGCAGGUAACAUCUUCCAGUAGUUCUUCGUCGAGCAACAGUGUGCCAGCAAAUACUGGCGCACCGAACCGCAUUCAGCACAAUGGUAACUCUGCUUCAAACUAUGGAAUGGGUAAUAUGACUGAUACAUCCAGCUCGCAUGGCCAGUCCCAGCAAUCGUUGCCAAAUUCGGCCGUUCAACAGCUACAUCAAGGUGGACAUCGUAAUCCCCGCGGUGGUCACCAGUAUAAUCAAAACAGCGGAUCGAACUCUCGUUUCUCUAACGACAGCGGUGCAAACAACCCGCCAACGACAUUCUACAAAAACAACGAGAGAUUCUAUCAGCAAAACCAGCAGAGUAACAAUUUCGGUUCUAGCAAAUCAGACUCAAGCUACCAUCAGCGUGGCUCGAUGUUCAAAGGACGUCAGGACAACGGGGGCAGCGAUUCGGCGUCGAUGGUUGCCGGCUACGGCUCGAUGGUAGGAAGCAACGUAUCUGGAGGCACAAACAACAAUAACAACAGCAACAACAAUAACAGCAGCAGCAUGGACUACCGAUCGAACGCUCGUCCAAUCAACAGUACAAGGAACACCGGGCCACCAUCCACGCGGCCUCAGCAACGAAACCAUUCCGGCAAUAGCAAUUACGGAGGCCCUCGCGGAUCGUCCAACACCAGAGGCCAACACACUAUCAAUGCAUAAGCAGAAAUCAACAAUUGAAUAAUAUUGCUACUGAUAUAUUAUAACCCACAAUGUAUCUUUCGCGGAAUCAUAAUCUACACUGGUUGCUAUAUUUGUAGUGUAGAUGAGAAACUUUCUAACUGAUUGAUAGUAUGGCAUUAUAUAAUUUUAGCAGUAAAAAAGAAAACGAUCAAUUUAAAUGGAAUACACACAAACCCAUACGGAAUAAUAAUAAUAAUAAUUAUACUAAGUAAGUACACCUAUCUUGCUUUUCAUCAAGCUUUACACUUAAGCUAGGAUCGGAAUGUUUAGGCAAAAAUUAAAAAAAAAAAAAAGGAAUCCCAAACGAUGGUACUGUAUGCCGACUGGCCUCAGCAGCCCUCGACUUGAAGGCAGCCAUCCACUUGAACGCAGAGAGACAGCCUGAUCUUAGCCUUGGUAAUCCUAAAAGUCGUUGAUAAUAAACACUUUGAGUGUAUUAAACGAA